AUGCCUUCCUUACCCUUAAAUGUUGGUAUUGUCGGUACCGGUAUCUUUGCUAGAGAUGACCACUUGCCUGCUUAUCAAAAGAAUCCUGAACACUUCAAAGUCACUGCUGUCUUCAAUAGAACCAGAGCUAAAGCUUUAGAAUUUGCCAAACUGGCCCUUGUUCCUGGAGAGAAAGUGUAUUCUACCCUGGAUGAAAUUAUGAACGAUCCUCAAAUCGAUUACAUUGAUGCCUUAUUACCAGUUCAAUUCAAUGUCCAAACCCUUCAAAAGGCCAUUGAAUAUAAAAAGCCAAUUAUUAUCGAAAAACCAAUUGCAGCCACAAUGGAACAAGCUAGAGAAUUUGUCAAGAUUGCUGAAACCACAGAUAUUCCAGUUGCUAUUGCAGAAAAUUGGUUGUCCUUAUCUGUUGUCCAAGAGGCUAAAAGACAUAUUAGUAGAAUUGGUAAGGUUAUUGGAUUUAGUCAUAACUUCACCGGUCCAAACUCGAAGGGCGGUAAAUAUAAGGCUACUAGUUGGAGACAACAUGCAGAACAUCUAGGUGGAUCCCUUUCCGAUGGUGGUGUCCAUCAGAUUGCCAUUCUUACCGAUCUUCUUGGUGAGUUUGACUCCGUGUCUGCUUUUACUACGAAGGUCGAUACUAAUGAUGAAAUGCCCGAUGCUGUAUUUGCAGUGAUUAAGUUGCAGUCUGGUGCAGUUGGUAACUAUACAUAUGGUACUCGUUUUGGUGCGACAAAGAAAGCUAUCUAUUUGAAAGUUUAUGGUCAAGAUGGGUCUGUUCUGUUAGAGUUAAACAACAGAGACGAGCCCGUUAUCAGAGUGAACAUUGGUGAUAGCAAAGAGAGUGCAUCUGAAGAAGAAGUUUAUGCUGUAAAACAAGAUAACACAUAUGGUGUGGGUGCAGAAAUGCUAAACUUUUAUGAAGCAGUUACUAAGAAGGAUAAAACUUUAAUUAGAGCCACUCCAAGAAUUGCAUUCCACCACUUGGCCUGUAUUAACGCAUUCUUGAAGUCAUCAAAUGAAAAUGGUAACAACGUAAAAGUUGAAACUAUCUGA